AUGGAUGAAAGGCGUAGACAGCGCAAUCUCAGGGACGAUACCGGUUCUUUUGGUGUGCCGGAACCCAAACAGAAGCAGCUACAUCAACUACAGCAACAUCAACAGCAGCCGCAACACCAGCAAAAUGUGGAAGCAGCUGGACAAAGGGUCUCCUCCGUCCUCCACUCUAGCAAUUCCACCCUUAGCAAUGCCUCUGACAGCACGUCUGCAUCCUUGCGCGAGAAGGCGCGGAAGCUGCAGCAAGAAGCGAUGCUGAGCAGGGACCAAGCCACAUGCGUGCGGGGCUCCCAACAAACCUUCAGGCUGCGCGUGGCCGAGAUGAGGGAGCAGGAGGCAGCGAGGCUGCUGGAGCUUGCAGACACUCAGGAUGGGGGCGGGGCGCCAGGGGCCGCGACGGAGGGCCUCUCUCCAGCCGGCAGUGACUUGCACCCCAUGCGUUCAUCAAGGGGCCAGCUCAUGUCGGACACGGGUUCUCUUCCGAAUGUGAAUAGUCCCAGAGGCGCAGCGCAGGCCGGGUUUCCGGACGAGGCACGGGUAGCGGAGCUGCUUGCUGCAGCAGCAGAAAGGAGAGACAAAGCCACGUGCGUAAAAGGAGGCAAGCAGCGAGCCCUUUUGGCUAUGGCUGAAAAACUGGAAAACGAGGCACAUGCCCUUGCUGCUGCCAUGAAGCAGCAGCAGAACCAGCAGCAGCAGCAGCACGGCACGUGCGACGACCCUGCCUAUGCCCCUAGAGACUCCGCACGAUUUGGUCUUCCUUCAGGGAGCAGCGACGCGUCGUUCAGCUCUCAGCCGCCCCAGAAUCAACAGCAGCAGCAGUACCCGCCGCAGCAGCGACAGCAAGAACAGCGUCAACACAACUACCAACAGCAGCAACAGCCAUACCAGCAGCCGCAGCCGCAGCACCAAUAUGAGCAACAGCAACAGCCGUACCACCAGCAGGAGCACCACCGCCAGUAUGAGCAGCAGCAACAGCACCAGUACCCUCAGCAGCAAGAGCAAUAUCCGCCGCAUCAACAGCAACAACAGCAACACCAAUAUCAGCAACAGCAACAGCACCAGUUCGCCUAUCAGCAGGAGCGAUACCCACAGCAGCAGGGUCAGCCGCCGCACCAGCAAAUGCCCCCAGACUACCGGGGCUACCAGUCUAACAGCGCCAUGGGGUCUGAAGCGUCCUUUGGGCUGGGCAACGAGGAUCGCAACAGGCCUCUGCAGCAGCAGCGUAGCUUGCAGCAGCAGCCGCAGCAGCAAGUUACGAUGCCCGACACUCCAAGAGAACACGAUGACUCGACACGUGGGCACACUGUUCUGUCAAACAAGAAAAGAGCUUUGGGACCAUCGCAGAUGUCUCAGGCGGAUCAGGCUCUGGCUGAACAGGCGGAGAAGCUGCGACAGGAGGCGCUGCUGUGUCGAGAUAAGGCCAGAUGCUGCAGUGGGGCGAAGCAGAGGCAAUUGCUAAGUCUGGCUGAGCUGAAGGAACAGCGGGCAGCGGACGCCAUCGCCCAGAUGACGGAGUGCAGCCUUUACCUCCAUCAGAACAGUAGCGACAGUCUGCAGCAAUCCCAGAAGCAGCAGGGCUACAUGCAGCAGCAUCAGAUACAGCAACAAAGCAGCAGAAGGGCAGCGGGCGAGCACAGGGGAAGAGUCGACCCGCGUGGCAACUCUGGAAUUUUCGACCAAUGA